UUCGAGUGUUUUGACGGGAAAGUCCACGGGAAUUCCAAAUUCAAAAGGAUCCCCGAGCCCAGUCAACAAAAUUUGCUUCCCCGCUUCGGCAGUCUGGUUUCGCGGCUGACCUCUGUGCAGACCGAGAAGAAGAGGCAGUUGCGGAGAAAAAGCAAAUGUUUCGAUCGUCUACUUCCGACUCUAGCAAUGGCUACCACUACGACUUAGAGGACAGCAGGCUAGUUGCCGGUCGUCGCUUGCGAAGGUGCCGGGGCAGACAACGCGCCCAUGGAAAUGGUAACGUCGAGGGUGGGGCUAGGGUUUCUCAUUGGCAGCACCAGCAGCAAGAUGAAGUAGAAAGGCCUGCCCCCCCUUGUACGGAUUUCGACAAGGCAUACUUUCACUCAUAUGCCCAUGUUGGCAUUCAUGAAGAAAUGAUUAAGGAUUGCGCUCGGACAGAGGGUUAUAGGAAUGCUAUCUUUCAGCACCAGAGUUACAUAACUGGAAAAGUUGUAGUUGAUGUUGGAUGUGGCACAGGUAUUCUCUCUAUAUUUUGCGCUCAAGCCGGUGCAAGACGGGUAUAUGCAGUAGAUGCCAGUGAUAUAGCUAUACAGGCGAAUGAGGUUGUGAAGGCCAAUAACUUAUCUGACACAAUCAUUGUUCUCCAUGGGAGGAUUGAGGAUGUUGAGAUAGAUGAAGAGGUUGAUGUUAUAAUUUCAGAAUGGAUGGGUUACAUGCUUCUCUAUGAGAGCAUGCUGGCCAGUGUUAUAACCGCUAGAGACCGUUGGCUGAAACCGGGUGGUCUUAUUCUUCCAUCAAGCGCAACGUUGUAUAUGGCACCUGUGACAAAUCCAGAUAGAUACAGUGCUAGCAUAGAUUUUUGGCGCAAUGUGUAUGGGAUAGACAUGUCUGCUAUAAUGCCAUUAGCAAAGCAAUGUGCAUUUGAAGAACCAUCUGUGGAAACGAUAUCCGGUGAAAAUGUAUUGACAUGGCCCCAUGUGGUAAUGAAUGUAGACUGCUAUACAGUGACUACUCACGAGCUUGAAAAUGUUAAAACAAGUUUCCGGUUUCAGUCAAUGAUGCGAGCACCGUUUCAUGGGUUUGGCUUUUGGUUUGAUGUGGAAUUCAGCGGCCCUGCAAUACUUCCAUCUAACAUUGACACACCUUCAUCAUUGGUCGAGGGUUCUAUUAGUAACGGUAAUGUUUCUGAGAAACAGAGAAAGAAGCGUGCUAAUCCCAAUGAUUCCCUCGUGCUGUCUACUGCACCAGAAGACCCACCAACACAUUGGCAGCAGACAUUAAUAUACUUCUAUGAUCCAAUCGACGUUGAGCAAGAUCAAGUUAUUGAAGGCUCUUUAGAAUUGUCACAAAGCAAAGAAAAUGCUAGAUUCAUGAAUGUGCACCUGAAGUACUCAGCGGGUGGACGCUCGUUUGUUAAAGAAUCAGUGAUGCGAUAAGUGCCAAAAGUGGUUACCUACUUGUAGAACUGUGAUGUGAAGUUUCUUCUGACUAUACUUCUCAGAUUAAACUUUAUACAGUGCUCGGGGAUGAAUAAACAGCUUCAUCACGAUGUACCUUGCCAUUGCUUGGUAAUUAUUUUUCCUCAAUAUUAGAACAUUAAGAGUGUGUUAUCAUGUUGCGAGAAUGUCUAGGAUUCUGGGUUAUAGUCAGGAUAUAGAUGUCGGAUUCAGGUGGAUCAUUAUUGUUUCCGUUCAUUGUUGGUUUGUAUCUUGGCUUUGACCAAACAGUCCGAUAGAUGUAGAAUUCCAUUUUUCUUUUACUUUUAUAGUUCUUGAUGUUCUUUAAAAUAUUCCCCCCUUUCGGGAAUGCAUUCUUUCAGUUCAAGGCUGAUUUGGUUUAUACUCGGUUAGUGAGCAUGUUCUUUAAAUAUUUAAUUAUUCUAAAUAGUAGUGCCUCAAUGCCCC